CACUUGUCUGUGGCGCGGAGCGAGCGUGCUCCAGUCAACAGGCCCCAGCCGGCCCAGCGGUGGGGUGGGGAGGGAGUGCCGCGACUCCUAACUCCGGUGGGCGCGCUCCCACCGCCGGGCGGCUCAAAACCAGGCGGAGCGCCUCACGCGCUCAGUCGAGACGGCGGGGUGACUUCGCCGGAACCAGCCCGGUCGCGUAGCCAGGCCGUCUUCCGGCUCUCCGGACGUGCCUUGCUGGUCGGAUAUCGCCGGAUAAGCCGGCAGUUCAUUGUGAGAGGACCACCGGGCUAGAGCAAUGUUCUCCUUGUUCUAUGGCCUAUGGAAGUAUGUGUUUACCAAGGACGAGUUCCGUGUUCUUAUUCUUGGUGUCGAUAAGGCUGGCAAGACGACUUUGCUGGAGAAGUUGAAAUCCAUAUAUCUGAAGGGGGAAGGACUUCCACCAGAUCGUGUCGUUCCCACUGUUGGACUUAACAUUGGCCGCAUUGAAGAUGUGAAUGCAAAACUUGUUUUCUGGGAUCUGGGUGGUCAGGUUGGCCUACGCACAAUCUGGGAGAAAUAUUAUGAAGAGGCUCAUGCCAUAAUGUUUGUUAUCGAUGCUGCUACUGCAUCGUCAUUUGAAGAUGCCAAAUCUGCUCUGGAGAAGGUUAUUCGCCAUGAGCAUCUGAGAGGGGCACCGCUCUUGAUAGUUGCAAACAAACAGGAUUUACCUGGGGUCAUCAAUGAUGAAGAAUUGACUAAAUUUCUGAAUUUUAAAGAGCUGGAUGAUAGGCCAUAUAUGUUUCAGGCUGUAUCCGCCUAUGAUGGGAGGGGGAUCAAAUCUGGCAUAGAGUGGCUAGUGGAACAAAUGGAAAAAAGUAAACGCACAGAGACACUGCGGGCUCGUGCUGGUGUAGCUGGAUCAAUUUAGAAUGUUUGUAUGCGUCAUCAAAUGAUUUUGUUAAAGAACAAAGCAUUUGAUGCGAAGGCUUCUGUUGCAUCACAGCAGCAGUCAUUUCCGGCAUUUCGUGAUUACAAGGACCAUUGUUCCGGACGACCCAGAGUGCUGCAAGAAAUAUUUCGGUAGUUAACUCCUUAUGAUGUGGUAUGGUGAAGGCGAUUCGUUUGGUCUUUAAUGAGUUGGCAUUCUUCUGUACCUAAAGAUGGUGAGCAUACAUGUCUGUAUGAUGCUUUUCGUAUUAGGUUAGCAUCAGUCUAGAGGAUCAAAUGAGCCAUGUUCUUAUGUCAUGUUCGUUGUACAUGAUAAACACUGGAAAGGAAGAGCAAAGAAAGAAUUACAUGUCACUUGUGUGGAAGUAAUUUCCGUGCAUAGCUUUUCGACU